CUGCCCGGUUUUCCCGCGCGCGCGCUCGGCGGGGCGGCAUGGCGGGGGAGCGGGCGGUGGGGCUGGUGCGGGAGCUGCACCGCACCACGGGCGGGAGCCUGCCGCCUUUCCGGACGGAGGAGCUGCGGCAGGCACUGGAGGAGAUGCGGGCGCUGUACGAGCAGAACCAAGCGGAUGUGUCCGAAGCGAAGUCGGGACGCACGGACCUAAUUUUCCUCAUCCGGUUUCGGCACUGCUGCCUGCUCCGGAACCAGCGCUGCAUCCUGGCCUACCUGUAUGACCGGUUGCUGCGGAUCCGAGCACUGAGGUGGGAGUGUGGUAGUGUCCUGCCAAAUGCCAUCCAGUUUCACAUGUCAGCAGAGGAAGUGGAAUGGUUCAAUCGGUACAAAAAGUCUCUGGCUACCUACAUGAGGUCAGUAGGCGGAGAGGAAGGCCUGGACCUUACACAGGACAUAAAACCUCCUAAAAGCCUGUACAUUGAAGUGCGGUGUUUAAGAGACUAUGGAGAGUUUGAGGUUGAUGACGGUACCACCAUCCUGUUGAAGAAGAAUAGCCAGCACUUCUUACCUCGCUGGAAAUGUGAGCAGUUAAUCAGACAAGGAAUCCUCGAGCAUGUUCUUUCAUAAGCAUGCAGGACAGAAGGGACAACCCUUGCUUGCCCACAGUGGGGAUUCAACUCUGGUAUGUGCAGGACUUCAGACACCUCAGCAUUUCUGCAGUGCACACCCUGCGACUGUUCUUUGAUACCUGACACUAAGAUCAGCCCUGAGUUUAUAAAGUAUGCAAACCACACUGGCUGGCUCUUCUUGACCACAGGGUGCAUCCUGGUAGUGUAUCCAUCCUGGGACUCCAGCACAGUGGGGAUAGCACUGGGGGGUGAGGGGAGUCUGUCCAAGGCCCUCAGCUACAAGCAGGUUUUGUGAAUGUGUUUUUGUCUGGAGCAGUUCUUUCUUCACACUGCAUGUAAGUCACCAACCAGGUGGGCUCCAGAAGGCAGCUCCAAGAUUGCAAAAUAAAAACGGCUUCACCUUCAACUGAA